AUGACACGGAGUAGCAACAGCGAUGGUGUGUACAUUAUUGGUUUAGGCCACCAGUACCCCGAGUAUGCAAUCGGGCAGGAAGAUUUUGAGGGAUACCUUCACCGUCUAUACCCUGAACACGUCUCUUCACCAGCUGUGCAAAAGCUUAUUGGGUUCAACGCAAAGACGCAAAUAUCUUCCCGUCCGACAGUCCUUGACCACACCAAAUGGACGCAAAAAGAUGCCACGCCACCAACUCUUGGUUCAAUAUCUCAUGACUUUCGUACCGUGGGCGUCACUCUCGCCGCUUCUGCGUGUGAAAAGGCCAUGCGGGAAGCAGGAGUUGGGCCACAAGAGAUAACACACAUUGUUGCCGUGACAUGCACCAAUUCUGACAAUCCAGGCUACGACCUCUUUGUGUGCGAGAAACUCGGCCUGGGGACAGACGUUCAGCGUGUUCUCGUCCAGGGCGUGGGUUGCGCAGGAGGUCUAUCAGCAUUGCGAGCAGCAGCUGACAUUGCUGCCGCUGCAUCGCUCAAGAGACGAAAGGCACGAGUCCUCGUCGUCGCAUGCGAAAUUUGCAGCCUCUUCUUUCGGGCAGAGAUACAAAACAUCUUGCAAGGCGGAGAUGAGACACUGCGUAUAGCACCCGCAUUGUUCUCUGACGGCGCUGCCUCACUGGUAGUGUGCAACGAGCUUGCAUUGGCUCCGUCUCAAACCCCUGUUUACCAACUGAGGGAAUGGGCGAGUAUGGUGGCGCCGGGGACGUCAAGCUUCAUGUCGUAUAAUUUUGGGAAAAACGGAUUGAUAGCUACCAUUACGAAAGAUGUUCCCAAAGCAGCAAUCAGUGCUAUCGCACCGAUUUUCCAACAACUCUGCAACGCAUCCGACGCCGCUAUUAGUAAUAGAGCACCGUUGCCCCGGAUGCCAGCAGACUUUGAUUGGGCAAUUCAUCCCGGGGGUGCUGCCAUCUUGCACGGCGCGAAAGACUCGCUCGGUCUUACUGACGACCACAUCAGAGCCUCGCUCGACGUCUACAAACACUACGGCAACUCUUCGAGCGCAUCUGUACUCAUCGUACUCGACAAAAUGAGACACCUGGGCCUGGGUAGAGAUGAUGUGGUCGCUGUCAGCUUUGGGCCAGGGUUGACAGUGGAAAUGUGCAUGAUGACGCGAUGCCACGCCUCAGAUCCCCGUAUGUCAGUUCAUCGACGUCAAAGAGCGUCUUCGUUUUGGGCAGCGCUACACUCGAAAUUUUCGAGGAGGAAUACAAUACAUCAUCGGGGAUGA